GUGCAGAUGGCGCCGCAAUGGCCAUGAGAAUGGGACAGUGAUUCAGAAGAACCACGUUUCGCCUCGUCGUGUCACUCCAUCUCCGCCUUAAUAAAUGCCUGCUUGAAGCCCACCAACUCCAAUACCCAACUUCAGCCUAGCCAGCCCAAAACAGGCACAAAUGCGUGCGCCAUCAAGCAUCACUCGGAAGCACAGCCGACACUACGCCGGAACAUGCCACCCUAAUUCCAAGCCUCCAAAAAGCAUGAAUCCGUACGUAAUCGGAGGACUCAGCAAAACCAACGAUAAGGCAUCUCAUGUGCUGGUUAGACAGGCUGCACGUCGCCUUUGUCGGCCGCAUAUUCCACCGCCCGCCAUGCCGCAUGCGGAAGGAAGGAUAUGUCAAGCGGGCCCCGCCUCCGUCGCCCGUCGCCGCCGCCCCGUUCGGCCCCGAAGGUUGGACGUGCAAACGCCAGUGGCACGCGUGACUCGCGCGACCGGGGGGAGGAGGCGAACUGCGAGCGGACGUUACAGUGCUGUGGGCGGCUGGUUGCUUUCUGGAUGCGUGGGGGUGUGUUUGCAUGAUUUUCAUUUGAUACGCAGGGGCGCACGAUUACCGUGUGGGAGAACCCUGCAUUUUCUUUGAUGAAGCAAAUCGGCCGGUGGCGCCGUAGUUUGGCAAGUCGUUUCCCCGUGUUGUCGCUCAUCCUCCCCUGCCUUGGGUAUGUGGACUGUUGAGGAGGGCGAUGGUUCGCCUCAUUGGGCAAACUGAUAGUGAGAUGAGGGGAAGAGAUGCGCCGGGUUUCAUCAUUUGCUGCCCCAACCCACCCCCUGCCCUCGGCAAUUGGUUGUAGGGCUGCCACGAGAUCCACGUCUAGCUAGUAGCAUGGCGAUCGUGAACCCUGGAUGUUGGUCUUCGGUGCAAAAUUCGGAGGCGAAACGGUAGAUCAGUCCAAUCUCAAUUUGAGCUACGCAGAGAAGUUUCGAGCAAGA